AUGAGGUCUCCGCGGCUCUGGGCGGCUCUGUGCCUCCUCCUCACCGCCUCCUGCCGGCUGUGCGCGGCCGCCCGACACGGCUGCUUGUUUGAGAAGAGGCUCUGUCCCAGGGAUCAGCUGUGCAGUGACGAUGGUUUGUUCGGACAGUGCCAGUCCCCUCACCAGGAGCCCGUCCAGUACCAGGUGUCUGUUCCAGUCCUGCACAAACUCCAGGAAGUCCUCAAAGACCUGAUGGUGCAAGGUCUGACGUGGAGGGAUGACAUCACGCAGGCAAUUAUUAACCGAGAGCUGAGUCGUGUUCCCACCACCGGCUCCUCCUCUAAAGUCCCAGAGCAAGCAUCCAAACAGGCCUCCAGACUGCCGGGCUCCGCUCAGCAGAGGGUUCAGGGGCCCGAGGACCCCGCCGACCCCGAGAUGAUGCAACAGUUUGUGGACUACAUGAUCCUGGAUCCCUCCCGCUCCUCCGUGCACAUGCAGAGGCCCCUGCUGGACCCGUACACCUACAACCAGCAGCAGUAUGGUUACCAAGAGGAGGAGGAACGCUCCCUCAACUCUCUGGACGAUAAUCCAGCCUUUCGCCCAAGGUCCCGGGGAAACCUCCUGGACCAAGACCGUCAGCUUCUCCAAAACCUGCUGUCCUUUUACCUAACCUCCCCUUCCUCCUCCUCUUCCUCCUCCUCAUCCUCCUCGUCCUCUCCCGUGCAGUCCCUCUCCCGUAACAGGGGAGCAGUGGCAGCAGCAGCAGCGGUGCCAGGUUUCCCCUCUCCGCUCUCCUCCUCGUCCUCAUCCUCCUCAUCCUCCUCCUCCUUCUUCCCGGAGCUAGACUUCCCUCUGGACUAUGGCGAAGACUACAUUUCCCAGAUGUCCCAGCUCAACAAACAGCAGCAGCAGGAGCAGGCAGAGAAGAAGACGCAGAAGGACUACAACGCCCUGUCAGGACUGGAUGAGCAAUCUCUGCAGAGACUGGCUCUGCUGCUCGACCACUACGGCCUGGACAUGAAGGAUCUGUCCCCCGAGCAGAAAGACAACUUGCCCGCCGCUCUGAAGCAGCUGCAGCUGGACACCUCCUACGCCCACAAACAAACCAAAGACAAAUUUGGAAACGAUGGUACAGGAAGCAAGAUCACAGAGGGUUCAGUGGACCAAAAGAUGGUUGCUCCAGAGGCUCCUCCCUCCACCGCCAAGUCCCCCAAAGCAGAGGGGCCCAAGGAAGAGACGGCCCCCGCCGCGGCAUCCAACCAGGAUGAAGUGGGGAAGAAGGAACUGGCGGCCAAGGCGGAGGAGUACGGCUACAUCGUCACCAACCAGAGCCGCCUCAGUCUGAACGACGGGGUGCGAUUGCUUCAGCGGCUGUCAGAGAGGAUGGGCCUCUCCACCGGCGCCUUCAUCAACAUCAGCGUCGUUGGACCUGCCAUCACCUUCAGGAUCCGGCCCAAUUCCAAGAACCUGACAGCGGGAGAUGUGGCAAAGACUGCAGUUGCAGAGAAGAACUUCCUGGAGACGGAGACGGGCCUGAAGGUGCUGCAGGGCGGCGUCGGAGAGAGGAAUGAUGGGAAAGCGUUGCCCCUGGCGACCCGAGUCCAGCCCGGCUCCCGCUGGGUGUUUGCCACGCUGGUGGCCAUGGCCUCUAUCGGCGGCAUCCUGGUGGCGGCCAUGACCAUCGCCUGCCUGCGCCACCACGCCCACCGUCUGGCGGCGAAGAAGCUCGGCCUGGGACCAGAGGGAGGCAGCUUCAGCCACCAGGAGUACCAGGACCUGUGUCGCCAGCACAUGGCCUCCAAAGGCGCCUUCGGACGCCUGGAAGCCGCCGCCCUGGGCGCCGUUGGGGGAGCGAGUGGAGGAGGCGCAGGAGCAUCCGGUGCUGGGGCAGGAGCAGUGGGCGGCGCGGACUCGAGGGUGAGCAGCGUGUCGUCCCAGUUCAGCGACGGAGCCCAGCCCAGUCCCGGCUCCCACAGCAGCACGCCAUCGUGGUGCGAGGAGCCGGCACAGGCCAACAUGGACAUCUCCACGGGUCACAUGAUACUGGCCUACAUGGAGGACCACCUGAGGAACAAGGACCGUCUGAUGAAGGAGUGGGAGGCUCUGUGCUCCUACACGGCCGAGCCCAGCGUCGUCUCCGCAGCUCAGAGCGACGCCAACGCCAAGAAGAACCGCUCCCCCGACUCUGUGCCCUAUGAUCACUCCAGGGUCAAACUGAAAGAGAUCAACCCCUCACGCUCCGACUACAUCAACGCCAGCACCAUAAUUGAGCACGACCCGCGGAUGCCGGCCUACAUCGCCACCCAGGGCCCCCAGUCGCACACCAUCUCUGACUUCUGGCAGAUGGUCUGGGAGAACGGCUGCACUGUGAUCGUGAUGAUGACGGCUCUUGUGGAGGACGGAGAGAAACAGUGUGACCGCUACUGGCCCGAUGAAGGCUCCUCCCUCUACCACAUCUAUGAGGUGAACUUGGUGUCGGAGCACAUCUGGUGCAACGACUUCUUGGUGAGAAGUUUCUACCUGAAGAACGUGCAGACCCAGGAGACCAGGACCCUCACCCAGUUCCACUUCCUCAGCUGGCCGGCUCAGGGCAUCCCCACCUCCACACGGCCCCUGCUGGACUUCCGCAGGAAGGUGAAUAAGUGCUACAGGGGACGAUCCUGCCCCAUCAUCGUGCACUGCAGUGACGGUACAGGCCGGACUGGGACUUACAUCCUGAUCGACAUGGUUCUGAAUCGCAUGGCUAAAGGUGUGAAAGAGAUCGACAUUGCUGCAACACUGGAGCAUGUCCGCGACCAGAGGCCUGGGAUGGUUCGCACCAAGGACCAGUUUGAGUUUGCGCUGACCGCCGUCGCAGAGGAGGUCAACGCCAUCCUCAAAGCUCUGCCCCAGUGAAGCCAGUAGGAUCCAGACUGACCCUCGACCCCUCGACUCUCGCGCUCAGACUUCACUUUGCUUUUCCUCCCUGUGACGAUGAGGAUGAUUAUCAUCACCACUGCCUUUCUGUCUCUGUCGGGUGAUUCCCCUUAAAUGUGCCAUCACGUAAAAAGAAGUUUAAAAUGAUGUGUGAAUGGGCGACUUCACACGUCAAGUGCUGGAAGGAAUCACACAGGCAUAUCUCUGAUUUUAAAUGUUUGUGGCGCCAGUGUGAUGUGUUCAGGGACGUUCAGAGUGUUGCAUUUUAAUGAAAAUUACACCCGGA